AUGGCUGUUUUGAUGGUGACCACGUGUGCUGACUCUGUUCUCUCCUCUGUGCCCCGCUCUUCCCUCUGGACGUAUUGCUGCACGCCCACCUCCACCCAUCGAACAGGAUCCCACCGGUGCCGUCACGAUCCGCACACGCAAGUUCAUCACGAACCGAUUGCUGCAACGCAAGCAAAUGGUCGUCGACGUCCUGCACCCGACCCGCGCCAACGUCUCCAAGGACGAACUCCGCGACAAGCUCGCGGCCAUGUACAAGGCGCCCAAGGACCAGGUCAUCGUCUUUGGCUUCCGCACCCAGUUCGGUGGAGGAAAGUCGACCGGGUUCGCGUUGAUCUACGACACAAAGGAGAGCCUCAAGUUGGAGCCGAGGUACAGGCUGGUCCGAGUGAGUAGAUGGGACGAGCGCGCACCGCACCGGGCUUGCCAACACGAAUGGGAUGCUGAUCCGAGUGUGUCGUACACUCUCAGUUCGGUCUUGCCGAGAAGCGACCCAUCACUGGUCGCAAGUUGCGCAAGGAACGCAAGAACCGAGCCAAGAAAUUCCGAGGUUCGUCUCUUUCAGUCGCCGAGGUGGACUCUGUGGACCCUGACCCCCCCUCUCUCGUAUCAUAGGAACCGCCAAGAAGUCCAAGUCGGAGGCCGGCAAGAAGAAGUAA